GAACUAGUUUUAAACAUCUGGCAUUGAGUAAUAAACGAGGAUAAUGAAAUCCAGAAUAAACUUACGAUUAGGGUUAGAUAUUGAAGUAAAGAAUUCAAUGAUGAACCUGAAGGAAUAUCGCAUUAUUACUUUCUGUGCACAUCAGUGAUUUUCUUCACAGGUACGUUUCUAGUGUGCGCAUAUCCGCCCGGGAUGCGCGCGCACAUAUCAGCCAUCUUCGGUACUUUCAUGCCUACUCGUAUUUUGGCGGUUAGUUGCACGCGGCACGCGUACGUAUGCGGCGGCGAAGAGGUCGCGCGUAUCAGUCUGGCAAUCAGCGGCGGUUGUUGUGUAGCGAAUGGCGAAAAAGUGCUCCGAGUGAGUGAGAAAGUGAAUUUGGAGAAGCAGAAAAUAUAUACGAGCGACCGGCGGCAGCGAGAAUGGCAUUCCACACACCGAAGCGGGAGUCGCGUCCUUCGAUGGAGUCGUUGGAUUGCAGCCCUCCGAUGUGCGACAUCGAGUUUUGCCCGUGGAACUGGGGUGAGGAUGUGCGCAACGUAAAUCUCAGCCCAGGCAGCUCGUGCUCCUCGCCUGAGUACAGAGAACACGGUGUAGGAGCGGGCGGCGGCGCCGGUUCUAGGGCGGGUGCAGGCACUGGCGCCGAGAGUCAUCGUCGUGGUCGGCCGCGCGCCGACGCUCUCACAAAUCUCAUGAAGCAAGGUAGCACAUCACCGAGCAACAUCAAGUGCACCUUUUGCCAUCGGGUGUUCCCGCGUGAGAAGAGCCUCCAGGCGCAUUUGCGCACUCACACAGGUGAACGUCCGUAUCCGUGCGAUUAUCCUGGAUGCACAAAGGCAUUUACUCAAUCAGGACAACUGAAGACUCAUCAACGACUGCAUACGGGAGAGAAACCAUUCUUAUGCACUACACCAGGCUGUGAAAUGAGAUUCACCCAUGCAAAUAGACAUUGCCCCGAGCAUCCCUAUGCCACACUUACAAGAUCGGAUGACUUUGUAUUAAAACCAGUGUCUGACAAUACGGAAGUGCCGCACGAUGUUAGCCGAUGGUUGGAACGUUACAAGAUGUCCAGGGAACGGGAGGACAGAACACCAACUGGGAAGAGUGAGACGCGGAAGAAGAAGACGUGGAAGAGCUCCGCCGAGAAUCAUAAGAGAAUAAAAUCCAGAAAAGGUCUGAUGAUGGACAUGACUGGAGAGCAGGAAAAUCUUGAUCGCAAACCAUCUAGCCAGCGACUGCACUGUGAGGAAAAUCAAGACAGCCAGGACAGUCAGGAUAGUCAGGAUAGUCAAGAGGACAGUCAGGACGAAGAUCCGGCGGAAACCUGCUGUGCGAUAUUGCCAACAUCUGAAGAUGAGGAAACAUCGAGCACGAAGUCAAUAAUGUUUAGGCAAGUAAAGUUGAGAGGAGCGUUGGAUCGACUACAACCAAAGAAGCGAUGGCUACGAAAUGCUUGUUUAGAUCAGCAAUUAGAUCUAAACAGGGACGCCAAACCCAACAGUGAGGCGUCCGUAUACAAGAUCGACGAGAAGCAAAGUCUGAUCGGAUCUGCCGAAUCAUCCGAGAUCCACCUGUACACGUCGUUCAUCGACAGUUCCGUCGCGAACAACGUGUGCAUAUCGACGGACAACGAACUUGCAACACCGAACGCACAAUUGGAAACCUCCUACGUCUCUCCUCCAAUAUGUUGGGACAUGAAUUGUAACAACGAAUCUCUGAAACCAGCACAGAGCAAUGAAUACAAAAUGAUGACGCAUUCUCUGAACCCGUCACAGUGGGACUUGCUACAGAGUAGUUUGCCAAAUAAUCAGAAUAUUUUUGAACCAAGUAUUAAAGAAUCGACGAUUACAACAAUUCAAGAUCCUGAAUCCAUUCAUUCGUACUUCGACUAUACGGAGCAGAUCGUUCAUAGAGUGACAACGAAUCAAGAUGCAUCAGCUAUAUCUCGCAUCAGUGAGAACGAGACUAGACCGACUGUACUGAUGCUGGCUGGUAGUUCAAGUAGUGGUAAAGAGAUUGUUGCAAAACCAUCCGCCGUAACGGACAUUGGUAGAACGGACGCAACAGUAGCCGAUGUUAACCAAGAGGACAAUAUAACCAAGUUACCGUUACAGGAAGAUAAUCAAAGGUUGCAAGGUGCUUUGGCGCUCAUAGAAUUGGCUACAGCGAAAAAGCAGAGAAAUUUAGAUGCCAAGCAUGAUGACGAAUGUAUUGUAAAUUCAGAAUUAUUAUCAUAGCCAUUUAUAGACUGUGAUUACUCGUUAUUGUAACUUUGUUAUUUUUAUACAAGAGGAACAACAAAUAAAGCUCCAGCACACUCAUGUAACGCAACCCUAUUUACCGGCAUAUGAAUGUAAAGACACAGUCUCUUAUUCUAAAACAUGUUCCAUUUUUUUUUCUUCCUUUGAUUAUAUUACUUUAACUCUUUAUUAUUAUAUGAUGUGAAUUGUGUUUUA